AUGUUUCUUGACGUUAUACUGUGUGCCUUAUUUGGUAGUGUUAGUGCCAGUGUUAUAAAUAAUGGAGUAUUUAGAUUGGAUAUUGUGCAUUACAAUGACUUCCAUGCCAGAUUCGAAGAAACUACAGUGCAGUACCCAAUAUGCUCGACGAACGAUACGCAAUGUCUAGGUGGCUAUGCCCGAUUGUACCAUGAAAUAAAGACUCUUUUGGCACAGAAACCUGGGGCCUUGCUACUUAAUGCUGGAGACACCUUCCAAGGAACUUAUUGGUACACUCUCCUGAAAUGGAACAUUACCCAGAAGUUCAUUAAUUUGCUGCCUAACGACGCUCACGCAAUCGGAAACCACGAGUUUGAUGACGGCAUAGCGGGCCUCGCGCCAUACCUUGCGGCACUCCAGGCCCCAGUAGUCGUAGCCAAUAUCGACACCAGUCAAGAACCAGCUCUCAAUGACCUCUAUAAGCCACAUAUUGUUGUUGAAAGGAAAGGUAGACGGAUAGGAAUCAUAGGCCUUAUAACGACAGAAACUCAAAUAUCUUCAUCUCCCGGUAAAGUAAAAUUCUUAGAUCCAAUAAAAGCUGCCAAGACAGAGGCUGAAGCACUCACUAAGAAAGGAGUUGAUAUAAUUAUACUUUUGUCACAUUGUGGUUUGGACGUUGACAAAAAAAUAGCAAAUCAGGUAGGUGAGAAUAUAGACAUAAUUGUCGGUGGUCAUUCGCACAGUCUCCUAUGGAAUGGACAAUCACCGAGUCACGAAGAGAUUGCAGGGCCUUAUCCCGUUAUUGUCGAGUCGGAGCUACGGCCUGGACAUAAGAUUGCUAUCGUGACAGCAUCAGCAUUCACAAAAUAUGUUGGAAAUUUGACAGCGUAUUUUAACAGAAACGGCGAUUUACUUAAAUUCGAAGGAACACCAGUCUUUCUUGAUAAAGAAAUUCCUGAAGAUCUAGCUAUCAAGGCCUUGUUAAAGCCUUAUCAAGAACAACUUCACUCUGUGGUGAAAGAAAUCAUUGGAGUAGCAAAUGAUAAUCUAAUUAUGACGGAGUGCGGUGCGCAAGAAUGUGCCAUCGGAGAUAUGUAUGCUGAUGCUGUGCUUAGUGCAGGAAAAGAAAUAGCAGAUAGUAAUUUGACACAUGUAGCAUUUUUGCUUAGAAACUCGAUACGAGGAUCUCUUUCCAAAGGAGAAAUAUCGAGAGGAGACCUCAUCAACACCUUACCAUUUACAAACGAUAUGGUGACGUUCGUUGUACCUGGGAAAUAUAUCUUAGAGGCAUUAAAAACAUGUACCACAAACGCGUGGGUGAGAAAGCCUUUCGCAGGACCAUGGUUACCGCAGGUAGCAGGCCUGAAACUAACACUAAAUUUAACUGAUGAGAUACCGGAAGCGGAGGUGUUAGUAAAGGAAGAUGGCGAUUACCAGCUAUUAGGCCCGGAGAAGGAGUACCAGCUCAGUACGAUAAAUUUCGUGAUUAAGGAGGGUGGAACUUUUGACAUGUUACGUAAACAUGGACGAGACUUCAAGGUCAUCGGCAAGGACGUGGACGUCGUUGAAAAAUACAUAAAGAAGAUAUCACCAAUCACACCCUAUCUCGAUAAUAGGCUCACUGUUAUAAAUUAA